AUGACCUCGGCAUCGACCGAGUCCUCCCCGACCACUACCAUCUCGCCCUUUGAUUCGCCCGGCGGGGGUGACAUCUCUCCCAGCUCAUCCCCGGAAUCUCCCUUUGCUAUGUCUGUCUCAUACCCAAAGUUCAUGCCUUCCACACGGCCCUUGGAGCUUCCUCCGCGCCUUGCGCCGGUCGGUGAACCGCGCCUAUCCCAGCCGACCCCUCAUAGUACGCGCUCAGACUCCCCAAAUCGACGGGCGCGUAAUCUCAAGAACUUGUCAUUGCGAAUGCCGCCCCCAUCUCACUCUCGCCCACCUAUCGCGACUGCAUCGAUGACGGAGACGUCAAAACCACUCGACGCCGCACCAUCUCCCCUCCUGAUCCCUUCUAAGAGCACGAGGCGACGCGCCAAUCUCACCAUCCAGACCCCCACAUUCAAUAAACCGCUAUCUGGUAUCACUGAUGCCGUGCCCCCAACUCCAUCCCUGCGUCACGCAGAAUCCUCACCUUCGCUUCUAACAAUUACAUCGCCCUCGUUCGCCCCACGGGGAGGUAUGCAGCUUCCCCGACUAAUGUCACAUCCUGGUAUGCGCCGUUCGUCUAGUGCGUCUGAGGAUGUGUCCUCCACUUUGAAGCCGGUUGACGGAUCUGGCUUUUCUCACCGUGUUCUCCAUGGUCUAGAAGAAGAGGAUGACCACCCCGACUCGCGCGAAUCAACCCGCAAGAAGGAUCGUGGCUACCCGGAUGGACCUAUCCGAAUUCACGACUCUGGUGUCUACUUGUACUUAGAGCCAACAGCAGAGGAAGCUUCUCAAUUCGACGUGGUGAUCAACGUUGCCAAAGAAGUGGUGAACCCAUUCAGUGCUAGCAAGGAGGAGCGGAAUGAUACAGUGAUGAGCACAUGGCGAAACGCCUCCAUGGCCUCGAAACGCUUCUCCCGCGGGGAGCCCCAGACCGCGAUUUCCGAAUUCUCUUUCAAGUCUGCCUGGGAAUUUCAACCCUCGGAUUCCGAGUCGCCAACCCCUACUACCUCAAGUCCUACAACUUCAGAACCGGAGUACCUCCAUGUCGGUUGGGACCACAAUUCUGAGAUUCUCGAAGACCUGCUCCCGCUAUGUGAGCUGAUUGACGACCGCAUCGCUGACGGAAAGAAAGUUCUCGUGCAUUGCCAGCUAGGCGCCAGCCGCUCAGCAUCGCUGGUCAUUGCCUACGGAUUGUACAAAAACCGACACCUGGAUUUCAACUCGAUGUACGAAGCAGUCAAGGGACGCAGCCAAUGGGUAGGCCCGAACAUGAGUCUCAUCUAUCAACUCACAGACUUCCGCUCUAAAUUGCUGCGGGGAUCUACAUCUAAGCCACCACCCCAGGAGUGGUUCGUCCAAACCGGUCGGCGAAGCUCAGAGCCCCAGGUUGCCCAAGCUGAGCGCCCAGGGUCCAACGAAACAAGCAGGCCAUCCUUCCGCGGACUACCGCAGGCACCUUCAGCCAGCUGCCUCUCUAUCCCAGAAACGACCUCGAUGCGUCCCGCUACGAGCGACGACAGCAGUAGCUACAAAAAGUUCAAGUCCUAUUCCCCUAAGCGGAGUCUGUCCCCCCGACCGCUCCCAUUCCGACAGAAGUUUCAGUCCGUGGAACCUGCCUCGGGUCGGCCACGAGGGUUGCCGCGCAGCGUCAGCAGUUGUGACCCGCUCGUUCAAACACAUGUGUUUGUACGUGAUGCGCCAGACUCUAGUGGCAUGUUUUCUCCAAGGACGCACGAAUUCUUUUCGCCAACUCCUUUGGCGCCACCCUCGUUCCACCGGAUCGAUCGUUCCGCAGCUCUCUCUCCACCUCCCAUCCCCCACGCUAUGCGGUCUGCCGCCGAGCUGGUAGACCCCCGCUCGCCUCCAUCCGGCGGCGAGCCCCUGAUCAUGAGAUCAAUUGAUGAAUUCUUGUGA